CGCCCCCCGCGCAGCCGCCGGCGCCGCGACAGCAGCAGCAGCAGCAGCAGCAGCAGCAGCAGCGGCCCGCCGGCAGCCCGGCCGCAGCUCCGGAGCAGCGGGAGCCGGGCCCGGGCGGCUGCGGCAGGCGGCCAGCCCGCUCGGCGCCCCCCGCCCGAGCCCAUGGUGCGGCGCACGGCCACCGGCAGCCGCCGCGGCUCCCGCCCGAGCGGCGCGGGGCUCGUCCCGCGGAGCAGCGGAGCGGGGGCCCGCUAGCAGCCGCGGAGCAGCGGUGGGAUGCGGCAGGGGCACAAAGCCGGCGGGGGAAGCAGCCCACGGCUCGUCCCGGCAUGGGGGCGCCGCGCCGGCUCUGCCUGAUGGGGCUGCCGCGGAUGCUCUGCUGCCCCGUCCCCCUCUUCCUCCUCCUGCUGCCCGCGGCGGAGCCCAUCUGCCCCGAGCCAUGCGAUUGCCAGCAGCACCAGCACCUCCUCUGCACCAACCGGGGCCUGCGCUCGGUGCCCAAGGCUGCUGAGCCUCAGGAUAUCCUCACCUACAGCCUCGGGGGCAACUUCAUCGCCAACAUCUCCGCCUUCGACUUCCACCGCCUGGCUGGGCUCCAGCGCCUGGACCUGCAGUACAACCGGAUCCGCUCGCUGCACCCCAAGGCUUUUGAGCGCCUGGGCCGGCUCGAGGAGCUCUACCUGGGCAACAACCUGCUGCCGGCUCUGGCCCCCGGCACCCUCAGCGCCCUGGCCAAGCUGCGCAUCCUCUACGUGAACGCCAACGAGAUCGGACGCCUCAGCGCCGCCUCCUUCUCCGGCCUUGGCAGCCUGGUCAAGCUGCGCCUGGAUGGCAACGAGUUGGGCUCGCUGGGUGACUCCACUUUCUCGGGACUACCAAACUUACUUUACCUGCACCUGGAGUCCAACCGCAUCCGCUGGCUGAGCCGCGGCGCCUUCACUGGCCUGGCUAAACUGCGCUUUCUGGACCUCUCUGGGAACCAGCAGAGCUCCCUUCGCCACCCAGAUAUCUUUGGGCCACUACGCUCCCUCCAUACCCUGCUGCUGGCCAGCAACAGCCUGCAGCAGCUGACGGGAGGGCUCUUCCAGCACCUGCCUGGCCUAGCAAAGCUCUCGCUCAGUGGCAACCGGCUCUCUCACCUGGCUCCAGAUGCCUUCAUGGGGCUGGGCUUGCUGAAAGAGCUGCGCCUGGAGGGAAACCUGCUGAGCCACCUGCCCGUUGCCCUGCUGGAGCCGCUGAGCAGCCUGGAGGCAUUGGAUUUGAGCCGCAACACGCUGACCACCCUGCACCCUGCCGCUUUUGGCCACCUCACCCACUUGCGGGAGCUCAGCCUACGAGACAACGCGCUGACCACGCUGGCCGGCGAGCUCUUUGCCUCCAGCCCGGCUCUCUACCGCCUGGAGCUGGAGGGGAACGCCUGGAGCUGUGACUGCCGCCUGCGUGGCCUCAAGCGCUGGCUGGGGGCCUGGCACUCCCAGGGCCGCCUGCUCACCGUCUUUGUGCAAUGCCGCCUGCCGCCCGCCCUCACCGGCAAGUACCUUGACUACCUACAAGACACUCAAUUGCUGCCACCGCCUGACGGCACCACCUGCCAUGACAGCGCCUCUCUCUCUUCUGCAUCCCCUCUACCGCCAGCAGAGGAACAGCACUGGCUACUGCCGGCUGCUGAGGGGCUUGGUGGCAACAGCAGCGGUGGCCCGGGCCUGCCCCGUGCGCCGCCAGGGGCUCCGCCGUCUGCCUCCACGGCACGCUUGCUGGGGGGGCCCGAGGGAGUGGUGCCGGUGGCAGGGGGCACCGCCGGGGCCAGCCCCACGCCGCCGAUGCCUGCUCGCCCGGGGGGCUCCCAGCCAGCACUGCCCAGCGUGGCGUGGCCGCGGCGGGCCGGCAACACCCGCUCACCAGUGUCCGCCGGGGGCCUGCCGCUGGUGUCCGACCCGUGCGACUUCAACAAGCUGUUCCUGUGCAACCUGUCGGUGGAGGCAGUGAGCUCCAGCUCGGUGACGGUGCGCUGGGCGGUGCGGCCGCACCGCAGCCCCCGGCUGUUGGGCCCGGCGCGCUUCCGCCUCCUCUUUGACCGCUUCGGCGCUGCUGUCAAGUUCCAGCGCUUCGUCUACCUGCCAGAGCGCGGUGAGCCGGCUGCCACGCUGCGGGAGCUCCGCCCCGACACCCCCUACCUCGUGUGCGUCGAGGGCAUCCUUGGGGGCCGCGUGUGCCCCAUGGCGCCACGGGACCACUGCGCAGGGCUGGUCACCCUGCCCGAGGGCGACGCGGCGGUGGCGGCGGGUGGGCCCCGCGGGCCGGACCAGCAGCUCCUCACGCUGGUGCUGCUGGCGGUCAACGCGCUGCUGCUCUUCGUGGCCGUGGCGGCCUGGGCCUCGCGCCUGGCGCGCAAGAAGGUGCUGGGGCGGCGGCGGCGGAAAGCGGCGCCCGUCCACGUCCGGCAGCUCUACUCCACCCGGCGGCCGCUCCGCUCCAUGGGCACCGGCGUCUCUGCCGACUUCUCGGGCUUCCAGUCCCACCGGCCGCCCCGCAGCGCCGUCUGCGCCCUCAGCGAGGCCGACCUCAUCGAAUUCCCCUGCGAGCGCUUCAUGGACAGCAGUGGCGGCGGCGGCGCCGUCCGGCAUGGUGACGACCACCUGCUGCAGCGGUUCACCGACUAAGCCCGGGAGACUACAGCUCCCGGCAGGCCGCGCGCAGGAGACGAGCGGCGGCACAGCACCGCCCUGCGGCGAGGCCUGCCGGGAGCUGUAGUCCGAGGGGCUGCGGGGAGGCGAGGUGACUGUUGGCGCUGCCGGGCCCUUGCUGCGGGCGGGUGGGGACAGCGGCCACCCGCGAGAUGGGCUUGGUCCGUCUCCUCUGCUCGGCAGUCUCUGUGUCCUCAAAAAAGAUCACUAACCCGAGGCGAAACCCUGACUCCCAAGUAACGGUUUCUUGCCGUGGAGAGAGCAAAGUGGCGGGCACUGCUGCGGACACAACCGGUGCCUCCCGCCUGCUAACCUCAGAGCCAUACAUUUAAUACCAUAUUUUGCAGCUUGUUUUCUCGGGCUGCGGUUGAGAACGACAGUUAGGAGUAGCUGGCUGGCCCCGUGCGGGGGUGGUUCGAAUGGACCUUUUCAGAAGGCAUCGGGCCUUCCCCAUCAAACGUUUGGACGAAGGGUCAUCUUUCAGUAUGGAUCCAGCUGAACUGCGCAGCCCGCAGGUCAGCCAGAGGGCUGGAUGCGCUGGCGUUGUGCCGGGCAGUUUGAAUGAUGUGCCUUUUUAACUCAAACUGAAUGCGAGGCAAUGUAAUGUGCGUGAGGGCGUUUUCAUACUUUUUUGUAGGUGGGAAGCAAUAUUGCAGCUGGUUAGUUCUACAGGAAAAUAUUGCUGAUGCCACUAGGAAAAACUAACAGAGUUUUGUAAUAUGUUUACAAAUGAGAUAUUUUUAAACUGUUUUUGAAUAAAUACCGCUUGGUACUUGUACACUAAACGUGUGCUUUAGUUCUCUGGUCCGUGAUGGUCAGUAGCUCACUGACUCCCAAAUAAUCCAUCUUCGUUUCUGCGUGAGUGGAUGCAGAGGUAAACUGUUGGUGGAUAAAUGAUAUAGGUGCCUUUCUUCAGAAAAAAUGGUAGGUGAGGAUAUUUCAUAAAUGUGAAACAAUCUUACCCUAACAGGCAAUUCUCUCUUAGCCUUAGUCUGCUAAAAUUAGAAGCUUUAUGUACCUCACUGUGAAAUAAAUCAUUUUUGUAUGUUAAUCUAGGUUCUGUGUUUUGUGUAGCUGAGUGAGUAACGCUGAAGUUAAACCCUUAGAAAGUAGUAUAUGAUAUCUGAGAGGUUUUUUUCUAAUUCGUUGGGGUUUUUCGUCUUUAGAGCAAUGCUAAUCAUUUUAUGAUCAGUUGCUCUCUACUUUCUGGGAUUUUUACGUUUCUAAAUAUUUACAGAAUGUGUUCUGUUACUAUUAAGUAUGGUGGUUUAGUUUACAUUAAUAAGUCUCUCUGUGUGGUCUAGAAGUGAACUAAUUAAAAAGGUCCAAACUGUGGUUACAUCUGAAAUGCGAAAGUUUUAGAUGGCAUUUGGUAACUUGUUGAGACCACGGAUACUGCAUCAGCUCCUUUGAAUUCAAUGUGCAACUUCAGAUGAACUCCUGUGGAAUGGAGUGGCUUGAGGAAGUGGUUAGUGGACUGUGGAGACAUUCAUCUCAAUGUCAUGAGUUCACUGCUGACCCAAAGUGUUCGUGACGACAAGUUAUUUGUUACCAUACUUGCAAGUAGGCAAUUUGGGAGGGGUUCUUUUCAAAUGAGCAAGUGUUUGCAAAAGACACCAUAGUAACCGGUACCUUCAUUUGGAGUUCAGUGAGUGAAUGGAGAGAACAAGACUUUGAGUUCUUAGGGAUUUUUGUUCAAUCUUAAUAUCCAAACAGUAAGAGAGGAGAGAGUGGGUGAAUAGUUGCCUUAACCUUUGCCUUUUAGAGGGAGAGAAGAUCUGAGAGUUCAGUCUUGAUUCUAUUCAAGUCUUUAGCAAAAAGUCCUUCGGUAUUUCAUUUUGAUGGGCAGCAGUCUUCAUGAAUAUCAGGGGCCAAACUCAACUGUCAGUGUAUAGGUUAAGAGCCAUAACAUUUAUAGAUACAAUGUUUAAUGGAAUUUAACUGAAGGAAUUCAGAAUCAGGUCCUUAAAAGUCUUAAAGUUUUAUUCUUUUUUGGACACCUAGGUGCUAUCGGCUGUUUAUGACUAUCUAUGGAAUACACCACUGUUUAUUGUUAGAAAUGUAAUGGGGAUUACUGAGUAAAGCUGUGUAUCACACUAAUGUUAGCUCUAUCACUGGAUAUUCUUCCAAUGGGAGAUGCAUAGAUGCUGUACAUGGUUAUAAUCAAAUAUGUCAAUAAAUCCAUUUGCUGAAAGAAA